AUGCGCCAAUCGACCUUUCUCCUUGCGCUCCUCGGGGUAGCGUCGGCGUCUCCGUCCUGGGUUCGCCGAGCCAAGAUGUCUUUCAGUAUAGCUCGUCCAGGGGGAGUCGGGGACGUCGUCGUAAAUGAGGAAAACCUACUCCACGGCACCUAUCAUGAUCCCGCCACAAGAGUCGUCCAUCAUCACGUCCAACGAACAUCCUAUGUGGACAAUGAGUCGCUGCAGCUAGAAUUCGUCAACAACCACCGCGGGGGCCAAAUCCGCGCCUACAUCUCGGGCUUGGACUCCUCCAAGCGAGUCGUCUUCGUCAAGGCCGACGGUUCGCUGGUGUAUCCGAGCUCUGGCGGCUCCAACGUUCCCGUACCCGUCAAGGAGAACAUCGCCAUUCCUAUUCGCGCCGGGAGCACCAGUUUCAAAAUGACUCUGCCAAUACCCAUAUAUUCCGGUCGCGUUUGGUUCGCCGAAGGAGAACUCCGCUUCUUCAUGGUCAAGACCUCGGACGGUGACGGCCUGGUGCAGCCCUCGCCGAGCAACCUUCGAGAUCCUAGCUCAGGGAUCCACUGGGGAUUCGCCGAGUUGACUUACACCAAAGCACGCGAGAUUUUCGCAAACAUCAGCUACGUCGACUUUGUCGGACUCAUCCUCAGUGUGAGCUUGAAGGAGAGGGACAAAAGAGGGACCCAGCUUACCCGCGGUUUGGGGCCCGACUCCAUCUCCAAGAUAUGCAGUGGCAUGGUCAAUCAGUCGGGCAAGGAUGGCUUCCCAUGGGACCGCAUGUGCGUCGCCAAUGAUUCGGGGACGCCCAUCCGAGUACUGUCGCCGAACAACUACGCCAUCAUCAACGACGCGGACUUUCGGGCAUAUUGGAACGCCUACGUCGACGAUGUGUGGAAACGGUACAGCACCUCUACUUUGACAAUCAAUACGCAAUCUCACGCCGGCAAUGUCAAGUGCAAAGUAUCGGACGACAUGCUCAAGUGCAGUGGCGGCGACAAUCGCGGCUAUCCCAAGCCAACAGCGGAGGACAUUUGGGGCUGCAACAGCGGGCCGUUUGAGAGGCACAAAGACGACAACCCCGUCCACGUAGCCGUCAUUCCGCGUCUCUGCGCCGCCUUUGUACGCUCUACUCUGCUGCUCUCGGGCGGCGAGGUCCAGCCGCGUCUGGCGUCUUCGUCAUACUACACCAUCAAUCCCGCCAGUCACUACAGCCGCCUCAUCCACGAACUCGAAGUUGACGGCAGAGGCUACGCCUUCCCGUACGACGACGUCAACCCUGACGAAGGGGGCAACGCCUCGGGCCUGGUGUCCUCGGCUGUCCCAGACACGCUCACGAUAUACGUUGGCGGAUCCCCGCCGUGA